AUGACGGGUGCCCCCAAGCGACCUCUCCCAGCCUUCUGCCUCGUCACUACCUUCGCCCCCGCUACUGUCACCAACCUCAGCCCCGGCUUCGACUUCCUCGACUGUCCUAUCAACGGCAUCGGUGAUAUUGUCAUUGUCGCGGUCGACCCCGCUGCCCCUAUCGAAACCCUCUCCAUCUCCUCCAUUUCCGACAUCACUGCCUCCGCCGCCAAGGUCAGUCGUGACCCCCUUUGGAACUACGCCGACAUCAUCGACAUAGCCACCAUGCAGGCCCUCGGUGUCGGCUCCUUCGGUCUCUCCCUCCACCUCAAGAAGGGCCUCUCCUUCGACAACGGCCUCAGCUCCAGCAUCACUAGCACAGCUGCAGCUGUCGUCACCGUCAACGGCCUCUUUGGCGGUAGCCUCUCCUCCAGCGAGCUCGUCCUUAUCGGGCUUCACCCCUCAACCAUACUUCCACCCCUCCUCCGAUCCCGUUGCAGGUCCCACCAUCGGUCUUUGCCUCCACCUCUUUGUCACUGUCCAAAGGAUGAUCUUGUUGUCGUGAGGCUCGUCAUUGUGAAUUUUUUUUAUAUCAUUCUACUGGAAUAA